ACUAGUACCAGCCGAUUUACAGAUCCAGACAUUGAAGAGGCGGGAGAAGGGGUCUGCUUUGCUCAUCCAAGUACUUUGGGCCUUGUUUGGGUUAGAAAAAAGGGGGUGGGUGUCUGUCCUAUUAUUGUAAAUAUAGUUGUUACGUGCAUGACAUAUUUUUUUUCGUGAACUCGUUUGCAGAUAAUUACAUCUAUUUCAUGUACAAAUGUAUGUCACUCAGAUUAUUUCCCAUAUUUUCUGAACCGGAUACAUGUACAGUGUAUGUUGGUAUCCUUAAAUUCCUCCACAUUCCUCUCAAGAUACAGUGUAAACUUUUGCAUGCUGACAACUGAUGUGUCUGAUAAGUUUGUCCCCAUUUAUGUCACCACUGUUUAUACUUCAAGUACAUGUAUAUGACUUUAACAUGAAUUUACUUAAUUGCAAUUGCCAAUAAACACUUUAAAAUGAAAACAAAGAUGGCAUGCAUUUCAUCAGUGUAAUAAGAUUAAAGGUGUUUUUGUCCUAGACAGCUAUGUACAUGUCUUAGGAAUUUUUUCUAGUAAACAGCGUCAGGGUUUCAAACUGUCAUCAGCAGCUCAGGUAUGGAUCAAAUACAUUUUCUAGCCCCACAAAGCUGUUGUGUUCAUUUUACGUUAGAGAUUGAUAAUCUAAAUGUACUUGUACAUGUAUGCAAAAUGUAAUGAUGUUGUACAACAUGAAUCUUCAACAGUAAAGCAAAGCAAACAUUUGUCCGUCUGAAAAAGGAAAGAGAUUUUCAUAGAAUGCAUCAUAAGAGAGUUGUCCAAGAAAAGAACAGGCUCAUUACAGACAUAAAAAGGUACAUCCUAAAUUAAACUAUACCUACUGUAAUACACCGGUAUGUGUUACAGGUCAAAAUUAAAUUGAGCUUAAAGAUUUCAAAGGUAGGUUGAUUCUCAAUAUCUUUUGUCUCUGACUUGCCCUAGUUUUCAUGUAUUAGCUAUGCCUAGGAGAAAAAGGAAAUUGAGAAUCAACCUAGCUAGGUUAAAAAACUUUAACCUGAAUUAAAUUUGUCCAUUGUAUGCUCUGAUCUAUAUAUGCCAGGUACGUGUAGAGGACGUUAUGGGGCAGGAGGGGAGAGGAAAGUUCUCCCCAUUCGCUUAGUUUCCUAACCGUAAUCACUAAACUUCAGAUUAAUUCGGCGUUCGGCGUUCUGCAAAAUACCCCUGCCGUCAUUCGACGGAAAAUAGCUCAAGUUGUUCAAAGGGAUCCAAUAAUGACCAAACCGUUGGUGACCAAGCCGUUCGAAAGGCCUGAUGUUUCCGACGGACAGGUGACCAAGCAGUUCGAACGGCCUUAUGUUUCCAAUGAACGGAUGGCUCGAGCCGUUCGAACGAAAUGAUGUUUCCAACGAAUGGGUGAUCAAGUCGUUCGAACGGGCCGACGUUUCAACGAACGGGUGACCAAGCCGUUUGAACGGGUUUAUAUUUCUAACGAACGGGUAACCAAGUCCUUCAAACGGGCUGACGGUUUAAACGGCCGGUGAUUAAGCCGUUCGAACGGCUGACAAACGGCUUGUAAACGGAAGGACGUUAGUGUACGUUUUCCUGUGGAAGGUCACGGCCCCUAACAUUCAUUCAAGUCUGCUAACAUUUAGCCUGAGUAUCAGGCGUUUCUGGGCCGGGAAAAGGAGAAAGAUGGAAGCGAAAAAGGGAGAGAGCUCCCCCUCCCCCCUCCCCCAUUUAAAAUCUCCUCUCCCCUAUACCCUUAGAAAGGCCUUAUACUCAGGCUAGCUAACAUUCAUUUUUAACUUUCUUUAUUUUUAUUUUUUCAAAUGCAGACUUAAGAAGCACUACUCUUCUUAUGAACCAACACUUCAGACUCUAAAACAUAAAUAUGAGGUAAGGUUAUAAUACUCAGUAGUGGUAAAGUGUAAAACUGUUUUGAUCAACAACGCUUAUCUAAUAGUUUUGUUAGACUUGUAUUCCCCCCCGAUGUAAUACUCAGUACAAAUUGCAGUCUGAAAUACCGUAAAAUUCCGAAAAUAAGUCCAGGGGCUUAUAUUUUUCAAAGGCCCUUUUUGAGGGUCUUUUUUUUGGAGGGUGAUUUGCGUUUCAAAAUCGAUUGGGCUAGCCUUAUAAUAUUAUUUGGAAGUAAAUUUACCGUUUCUGCUUUGUAUUUGAGGCCAAUUUUCCAAGUACAAGCCCCCGCGAGGGGGAGGCUUAUAUUUGGAGGGGCGAUUUAACGGAGGGUUUUUUGCGUUACUGGUUUGGGGGGCUUAUAUUUGGAGGGUUUCAUUCAUGGAGGGGCUUAUUUUCGGAAUUUUACGGUAUAACCUGGUUUCCAGAGGGUUUUUUCUUAUCUACUAGUUUCCUGCAAAGCGGUGACAGUGAUGCGCGAAGCGCCGAGAGAUGGUCCGUCUUGGGAUCUUGAUUAAGUGACCACGGUUUAUUGUAUCCUACUGUAGGUACCGUAAAAUUCCGAAAAUAUGCCCCUCUAAAUAUAAGCCGCCCAAACUCGUAACGCAAAAAACACUCCCCUAAAUCGCCCCUCCGAAUAUAAGCCACGUGGAAAUUGCCCUCAAAUACAAACUAAAACAUAGCAAAAACGGUCAAUUUCCUUCCAACUAUAAGGCUAGCCCAAUCUAUUUUGAAACACAAAUUUCCCUCCUUAGAUAAGCCCCUCCGAAUAUAAGCCCCUCAAAAAGGGCCUUUGAAAAAUUUAAGCCCUGGGGCUUAUUUGCGAAAUUUUACGGUAUUUCGAAAACGGACCUCUGGAGCCAGGGUAUCUGGAUUAGAGAAGUUAUACAACUUUGUUAUUUUAUAAACCUUUCUUUUAACAGGUGGCCAUGAAAGAGAAGAUGCUGACCAAACUUGAAAGAGACAGAGCUGUAGGACAGGUAAGGUCAUUACUUUGAAAGGAACAGCUGUAAGAACAGGGGGUCAAUUUAAUAAAACUUUUACAAAUGUAAUUUACAAGUGUAGCUACUGUUUUCAGACUCUGAAACAAUGGCUACACUUGUAAAUUACAAGUAUAAAAGUUUUAUUAAAUUGACCCCAAGACUGUGUUAGGUGGAAUACGAGGGGACUGCAAAGGUACCAUGUACAGUUGUGCAUGGUCUUAAGUACUACCGUGCAACCUGCUGGCUUCUGUUAAUUGAAAAACAAAAUACUGCGGUACCCGGGGAGACUUCCGUAAUAGAGGGAUGAGGAUACUUUUCAAACCCCUUACGUAGACCAUUCGAAAAUCCCAAAACAGACGACAACCAACAGAAGUAAGAGCUACAUGUAGAGUGGUAAUUAUUUGAUGCGCUUAAGAUGUUGACAUCGAAUGCUGUCUUCAGCAGAAUAUGGCCAGUUUUCCUUUUUAAUAUACAAAUGUACAUCUAGCCGGCCUGUUGAAAACGUUACCGCCAAGUGGACCUUUUGUGUCCAACAGUUUUUCAAGGUUGAUUUCCACUGACGCGUUUUUGGUUACGCACGUUAACGCACGUGAAUUUUAACCACGUAAAUAAAAUAGGGGCAAGAUAAAAAGUGCUGAGCUUAAACGAGAAGUUGAGCGAGUUUCAACUUUUACGCUUACGAGCGACCUUUGAUGUAUUGCCUCUAUUUUAUUUGCGAACGUAAAUUUUACGCACGUAAAAAUUACACGACACUGGAAAUCAACCCUAAGAGUGCAACCAUUGCUUUUUUCUCUUCUCCUCCUCGCUCUCUCUUUUUCUCCUUUCCUUUUCCUUCGUUAGUGUGAUUUUGGAGCUUAUUAAGCCCCAAAAGCCUGCCUUUUGACACCUUUUCACUCAAAUUUCGUUAGGUUGGUUUUCCAAAAAAACCAACUUGACAUGUAUAGAUAACUAUUCCUUUACAACCCUAAGCAAUACAUGUUUGCGUACAAUAAUUGGCUUUUCCUUGUGGCUACCUGGUACAAUGUGAUUUUAAAAAGUUACAAUGUUUUUUUGAACGAUUUAGUAUUGAAAACAAACGACGGUGCUUCCUAUCUUGAAGUAAGACCAUGAAAAGACUUUUUUUCGCUCUCUGGUUUUCUUUUUUUGAAUUGUUAUGACUUUUAUCCAAUUUUUUUUAAGAUGGCAACUCUUCAUCAAGUUGGAGGAACUCAGCUAGAAACUACUCAAGGUUUGUGUAAUUAUAUAUAUGUAUUGUAGCCUGAGAAAACAACCGACAUUUUGUCACACCACCAUCGGUUUCCCUGCGAAAUGAAGUCUGAGAAACGAGCGUAGAAAUUCGAUACUGAUGACGCGUCACUACCCAGAUCUGGGUAGUGCCUUUGCAAUCAAAAGCACUAUCCAAAUCAGGGUACUGACGCGUCAUCAGUAUGGAAUUUCUACGCUCGUUUCUCAGGCGUCAUUUCGCGGGGAAACCAGUGUUGGCGUCACAAAAUGUCGGUUGUUUUCUCAGGCUACUUGUAUUACAGCUACAUGUCAUUAGCACUGUCUGGUUCCACGGAUGUAAACUUGCCUGCGAGCAAGCUCUUCAUUUGGGCGAGGGAAGCGAGCCGCGCGAGAAAGGGCGUGCAAGCGGCGAAACCACCUUCUAUGCCCGUCCCUCGCUGUCGCUUUUCCUCUCGUGUGCCUCUCGCGUCUGUUCUUUUUACGAAAUCCCCUAAAUGGAGGGUUUGCAGGCAAGCCAUUUUAAACAUUAAUGUUUCCUUCCUUCUACCUUGCAGGUGAUCAAUUAAAGAAAGUGUCCCAGUAUCGCCCAGCAGCUCCCCAGAAAAAUACAAACGGAACUCUGCAGAUUACUCCAAGCAAUCAUCCCAAGGUACUUAAUAUACUGUUUUGGUGUGUCAGUAGAACAAAGAAAACAGCAAUAGACUUGCCUACGAGGUGGCCUGCGAACGCCACACGAGGCUCUCGCGCCGUUACGAGAACUCUACCAGAUAGCGCUUCUGUUCACACUUGAGAACGGUGAUUUCGGAACGGCUUCUGCAACGGAGGUGCGCCGUGUCGAUCUUGAAAGUGGACCGUCACAUAUCGGAUAGGUUUCUGUACCACUCUUUGGUGUAGUGUGAACAGUUAGUUGUUCAUACUAUACCAGAUAUCUUAUUGACAUGAAAGAUUAUCCGGUAUAUGGUGUAAACAGCGUAAAGACUCUGUAUUAUGAUUGUCGCAAGUAUCGUAUUUACCCGAAUAAGUGCCGCAGUGCUUUAAUUUUUCACGGCUCAAAUCGGCCGCGCUUAUUCGAGUAUUCGAGGGCGGCGUUUAUCUGAAAGUUGGACGCGGUAAAGACUUGCUUUACCUACGAUAUUGUUAUUUUCCGUAUAGAACUAACAGAAUUAACGUCUUUCGAUUCUGAUUAUAGUUAACGGGGCCGCGGCGCUCAUCAACGUUUUUUUUUGUCUCAAAUGCGGCGCUUAAUAGCGGAGGCGCUUAUUCGAGUAAAUACGGUAACGGUAUUUACUCGGUGCUUUUUUUCUCUUGUGCAUUUAAUGAUUAUAUUAAACCAAUGGUGAUUUUUUCGCCCGCGUUCACGAUUUGUGUCGGUUCAUGUAAUUGUUUGUGUCUUCCUGUGAGUGGCUUCAUUUUAGCGAUUAUGCUUUAGAACGCUUAGUUCAAAACUCCUGUAUUAAAUAGACUUGUUUAUUGCAGGAUUCCGAAUUUCCCGUUGACAGUCGAAUCAAUCCUCAACUUGCACAUCACCGAGGCCCGUCGGCGCAUUUAACACGAUCAGGAGGGUUUCGUUUGACCCACACUAUAAAUGCUCAUAAUUUACCAGUUAGUGGGUAAGAAAACGUUAUCGCCUUGUUCAGUUAAACAAUUUACUAUCUCAAUAAAAAUAUCGUUAUUCAUUCAAAAUAUUUUUUCGUUUCUGAUUGGCUUAAUACAGCAGGCAAUGUCUAAGUUAGGAUAUGUGUAGUUCUAUGUUGCCACUAAAGUUCUUCGUAUAUUCUAAGUAACAUAGUGCACACAGCGAAAAUAGAGAUCAGAGAAUGUAUCCAGUGGUCGCUUACAAGAGGUUAAAAAACAAUGGAAAAUUAUUAACCGUCAGGCCCAAAACGUGGUCGCGGUCGCUUACAGGAGGUGGACGUUUAUGAGAGGUUCCAACUGCAAGGCUUUGACUGGGAACAUUUUGGUGUUUUGGAUUGGCGGUCGGUUAUGGGAGGUGGUCGCUUACGAGAGGUGGUCGCACAUGGAGGUUCAACUGUGUUUAGAUUGAGGCAGAUAACACUCCAGUCAAUCUGCAGAAUUGUUCAUAUCAUAAAAAGCCGAAUCCAAUACUUUUUGAAAAUAUAAAAAUUGACACUGAAAAAAAUUCGUCGUUCAUUGAUUAACUGUGCGUCAUAUCUUACCGACAGACUGGCUCUUCAUCCAAGAAAACAGGUUUUGGCGACGGUCAGUGAUGACUGGAGUUGGAAGAUGUGGGCAGUACCAAGGUAAUAAAAAGUCAAAUGGUCAGAUACACGAAGAUAUACUAAAUCAGUACAUUGUUUCCACCAUGAUUGAAAGCAUCAACCAAUUAUUUGCUACACUUUGGUGUAGUGGACGCGUGCCGUCACCAAAUGACGCAAUACAAAAGACUGAAAAGACACGUGACAAUACCCGUACGAAACAACCAAACGCUAACCAACAAUAGUUUCCGCAGCACCAAGAAACGCCCCAUUAUUCUAAAACCCGCGUCAUAGAAGUAGUACAAAGUUGUUCGGGUUCAGUAAGUUUGCCUUUAACAGAAUUUCGCGCCUGAUUUCUUUGUAGUUCUCUCUGGCCAAUAAUAACAAUAAUUCCGUUAUUUACCCUGGGCAGUGUUUAUAGCACUAAUGCUAGUGGGGCCGAGCAAAUGUCUGAAACAAUUAAUUCAAAUCAAACUUAACAGGGUUAAGAAUCCCAACUGGCCAGAGACAAACCGGCUGGCUAUUUUACAAGCGUGGCCGAGGAUUUGAACUCGGGACUACCGCGAACAAAUCAAGCUAGCGGUCAGGGCUGAGUUGCUCAAAGCAUGGUUAGCUUUAACCAUUGGUUAAGCAGUAUCAAAACCAAUACGUUGUCAAGGUAUUAAACGCUGGUUAACGCUAACCAUCCUUCGAGCAACUGGGCCCAGAGCGGGACUUGAACUCGGGGCCUCCGAAUUACAAGUCCAGCGCUCCAACCGCUCGGCCACGCGGCCUCCAUGGCUUUUUUUAAGCAAUAUAUUUUUUAAUGUAUUAUUCUGACAAACAAGACCUGGGCGUGUCUGAUGAGAUUUUUUUAUUUUCAGUGGUGAUAUCAUAAUGACUGGUGAAGGACAUAAGGACUGGCUAUCAGACUGCGAUUUCCAUCCAGGGUAUGCCCUAUAUUCCAAGUCACUUAGUGUAGCGGCCGCGUUUUUUCGAGUGAGAGUAGUAAUCAGAAGCGAAAACAGCGCUCUGUUUCCGCUUACUGCUCCGCCGCUUCCGAUCUAAUGAAAAUUGGGUUGUCGGAUUCGCAUGCUUAUGCGUCGCUUACGACUCCGAUUUUUGAUUUUCACUCUCAGGCGCUCUUACGACGCUACUUACGACUCCGUUUGUGGUGAACAAAAACCAGCCUUAAAAAAAAGCAAUUGCCCACUGAAACUCUGGGAAGGAGUAACCCAGCCGGUAGAGCGCUUGACUGCAGAGAAAGAUCAGCUCAGUAGCAAGCUCAGUCGGUAGGGCGCUUGCCUACAAAGCGGAAGGUCGCGGGUUCGUUUCCCGGGACCGGACCAAUACCCAGGGUCUUAAAAUAACUAGGAAGUGAAGGAACUACCUUUGCACAGCAAACGGCUAGACCUCGGCGUAUCCCGGAUGACCACGUAAAAUUACGGUCCCGUUUACAGUUUUAGACGUAAAAACAGUGUCCCCAAUUAGUACCUUUGUGCUAAAUACAUUGACACUCAAAUAAAGUGCUAUUUUUUUGUUUCUCCAUAGCGGCGCUCGUCUGGCAACAUCAUCCGGAGAUGGGACGGUGAAGAUAUGGGACUUCUCCAAAGCAGAGUGUAUCUUGACCUUCACAGACCACACGCACGCUGUGUGGGGCUGUUCUUGGCAUUCUUGUGGCGACUUUCUGGCAUCUUGUUCCAUGGAUAACACUUCAAAAGUCUGGGACGUUAACAGGUACAAGCGUAAACCAAUGGGGAGCUGCUUUAGCAACGACGUCGGCGACGACAACGAGAAUGUCAAAAAAAAGAUAGGUUUAUAACGCAAAACAACUUUGCACGUGCAUCACACUUUUUUGUACUUUUCAUUGCCGUCUCUGCACGACUAGCUCGUGAAAAUGCCUGAUUUCACGUUUUAUGGAGGACCUAAACAAGCAGCGACGAAUUUUUCUUUCUCUUUAUGAACUUGAGCAAGGUCCCCAGGAAAUCAAUUCCAGGGAAAUUCUCCUACAGUUUACAUUUUCAGCGAAUUGUAAUAAAUGCGACCGAGUUUGAAGAAAGCGCGAAUUCACUUUAAAGGUGACAUUUUCAUCCUUUAUUAAUCUAGCUUGUUAGGUCAAAAUGGCGGAUUAUUGGCCUCUUUCUUUCGUGCGUUUUUAUUCAAUGAUACCCUGAGUGCCAGAGACUUUUCUAGCGAGGUUUCCGGUUUCUGUCAAGUCUGUUUUUUCUCGCGGCUUCGUCCUACGACCGAAGAUAUGUCGGCCUUCGGCCAACACUGAAAAUUCCCCCGCACGCGAGAAAAACCUCUGCUACCCAGGGUAAUUCAAUGAUUACUGACCUCGACUUCGUCCUUGGUCCGUGAAAACGGGAAAAAAAAUUGGCCAAUAUCCUCUUGACCUCACGGUUGGUGAUUGAAGCGUAUGUACUGCGCUCCUGGUCCUUUUUUGACGAGGUAAAGGAAGAUAGAGCAGGUCGAUACAUAUGUACUUUCCUUUCUUAGCCUUACUCUUAAUUUCUUUUUUUGCACGCACUGACCCGCCUCGAACAGCCUUGCUAGCUGCGGACAGUGCUUCUGUUAUAUUAUCUGUCUAAUAAAGUUUUGUCGUUGUUGUUAUUGUUGUUGUCGAUACAAAGUCGUUUCAAUACAAGUUUAUUCGGUCGAGCUGUAAACAGUUUGACGCACUUGGCUUAAAAACGAACAAUAUCCACCCAAAAUGUUUUUCUUCUUCACGCGCAAACUAAACUUGAAGUGAACGAAAAAAAGUUGAGUUCGUAUCGAAACGAUUUUGUAUCGAAACGACCGGUCUCCAAAGUAGUCGAGUAAACAAGCUCAUAAUUCGUCAUUUUUCAUUGUAGCGAGCGGUGCCGACACACGUUACGAGGCCAUGCCGACUCAGUUAACAGCAUAGUGUUUUUGCCGUAUUCAAACACGCUGCUUACUUGCUCUGCAGACAAGACGCUUUCUCUCUGGGACGGAAGAACGGUUAGCAGAACAACUCUAACUUUAUUUAAUUUUGCAUUUCUCUUAUCUUUGAGUUGCAUUGUGUAUAUGUUUUAAUCUUAUAUAUUUACGUUUUAUCACAGAUAACCCAGGCUCUGUGAUAGUACCACAGUACGGUUCUAGUAAAUUUACAGUGUUUGUAUGGGGUAAAAAUACGAUCGUAAAAUUUGUAGAAAAUACUAAAUAUAAGUCAAUGAAACUUACCCUGCAGUUAGUUGUUGUUGUCCUUAUUGCUCCAACGAAGUUUCGUGAUAAUUUUUUCAAAUUCACUCUAUAUACAAUUAUAAUAUACAAGGUAGGAGACAAGAGAUGCCAUCUUCGCCGCCAUUAGUCUCAUUCAACACAACUUUUUCGACGAAAUUCGACCUCCAACAAAAAAUAAACAUGUCAGGAUCGUAGUAAUAGGAUAGCAGCAGAUAUAGAAACCAAUGAAGCUUUCCCAGAUAGAAAAACGAAUCCCGCAGACUUUGACAAACCCGAAGGGUGUAAUCCAAAAUGGCCGAGAAUAUGCUCGCCGAAGUAGCCGGGCCAGAUCAACGCGCGGCCGAAAACAUAAGGCCUGUGCACUGUACGAAAAAAAAAUCCAUCCCGGCUGUCCUGGGUUGACCUUUCUAGGGACCGAUACAUAGCUUUACCAAAGUUAGCCACCCCUGCUGGAGAUACAUGUGCUCGAGGGCUAUUGUUCACUUGAGACAAACGCUACUUGCCCAAGCAAACUACAUGUUCUAGUGCACGCGUACAAACACUGUAAUUUUACUAGAACCGUACUGAGAUACUAUCACAGAGCCUGGGUUACCUGUGGUUUUAUAGUUAAUUUUUAAGAUGACAAAAAAUAUGUAUUAAUGAAGGAAAUGCCUAGAGCCUAAAUGAACCGCGAUAUUUUCGAGUUAUUUUCUAGACAUAUAAUGUAUAUAUUUGAAAUGUAGCUUAAUUCACAAACAGAAAAUACAUGAAAGACAGAAAAAUAGGAUUAAAUGAACAUAAUAGAUAAUAUAAUAAAUGAGCAUAAACUAAAGCAUAGCGAUAAUGGCUUAGCAAAAAAAAACAAACAAACAAACAAACAAACAAAAAAAAAAAGCGCAGCAUCAUGGAUAGAGCAGAGAGCAUAUAGCAUACUCUUCUAAAGUAGUUAUAUUCAAGCAUACAUACAAUAUGAAAGCUAUACUGGUCAAUUUUGCCAAUUUUUGGCGGAGCUAGUAAAUUCAUGCCGGACGCUGUUGGCACCAUAUGCAAAUUCCCAGAAUUUUUUAUCAUAACUUGCAGAAUGUAAAUUGUUUCAAGACCAAGCAAAAUUAUCCCAGUUGUUUCACUGUGAUGUCCGGUUUUUCUUUCAGAGCUUAUGUGCUCAAACAUUCUAUGGACACAUGCAUUCUUGUAACCACGUGGUCUUUAAUUUGAAGGUAGGUUGUUGAUGUUGUUGUUCUUGCAGUAGAAACUUGUUGUUUUGAUUGCGUAAAUCCGUCCUAACAAAUUAAAGAAAAACAUGCACAGUGCGAUUAGGAAAAAAAGAGGGAUGAAAGGCAAACCAGUACUUAUCCAAACCGAUUUUUCUCCUGUUUAUCAUUCGUAAAUGUAAGAUUUUGAACGUCCCAGAAAUUUUUACUACAGGCUCUCCAGAUUUGAACGUCCCAGAAAUUUUCUAUUAUAUUGGUUGAGCUCCUAAAUUUGUGACACUUUUUGGCAAUUAAUGAGUUUACCUCGUUAUUUUUGACCAAUUAGUUGGAUUUUACUAAAACAAUUAUUCCUCUCGCCCUCAUGGCUUUAUUUUCGGCCUCAUGGGCUAUUGACUCAGAGCCCAUUUAGUGUUCAUACCAACGACCCAACGACCAUAGAGCAUGGGUGUUCAUCAACCCAGAUUGUAUAUUUGCUCGCUUAACUACUCAUAAAAGCUUUCUCUAAGUGGUUUUUAAAGAAAACUUAUCUAAAUGAUUUCCUAAACAGUGGCCGCCUCAGGGAAAUCGAGUGGAUAGAUCUUUACUGGCGUGAGGAAGGAGGAAAACGAACCUUUCCACCGACCUCGCGCGUCUAGCGCGUCUUGCUAACUUGAUGCUACCUCUGUUUGUACAGGGUGAUACAGUCGCUUCGUGUGAUGCUUACGGAGUAGUGAAACUGUGGGACGUGCGUACUGUCGCCUGCAUGGCCACUCUGGACCUUGGACCCCACCCUGCAAACCGCCUGGACUUUGACCCCAGCGGCACCGUUCUAGGGGUCGCAAGUAAUGACGGGACGGUGAAGAUGAUCGAAGUUGCAACCGCCCUGGCUACUGAGCUGACUGCACACGAGGAUGCAGUACAAAGCGUGCUGUUCGAUCGCCUCGGAGAGUUUUUAGUAAGCGGAGGGUCGGAUGGAACUGUCCGAAUUUGGUCUUAAAGAAAGAAGUACAGUGAUUUGAAAAGUGUUUUUUAAAUCCUAGGGGUGUUUCGCGAACAGACAAACUGAGUUUGGUAGCUUCCUAGGAAAUUAUUUUUUUAAAUGAGCAUUGUUAACUCAAAAUUUGAAGUGAUUGCCCUUAAUUCACAAAGUACAUCAGUUGAACAAUUUUUGCGCCGUUUAUCGGUGUCUGUUAUUACGUUCGCAGCAUAUAUCUUGUGAUGCACUAGGUUAGGUUAUUUCAGUGUCAGCUGUUCAUGUUAAAUAGAAUAAAG